AUGCGGUGUCUUGGGUUGUUUCGGAAUGAGCCCGAGGAGGAGAAUGAAGCACCACCGCCCCCGCCACCUAAGACGCUAGGCUACACUCAAAGCGAGACCAAGGAACAAUCUGCCUCAGGUAGUGGUGCUCCUGACACUCCCAAAACUGUCACCGCUGAGUCCAAUUCGCCUGGACAAGCUCCCGGCACUGCCAAUGCAGCAUUCGGCCAAACUCCUGGAUUUGGUGUCCCCAAGCCUUCGAUCGGCUCCAGCAGGAAGAAAGCGAGGGCGCGAUACGUAGAUCCGUUUGCUAAUGGCUAA